CGUAUAAAAUGUCGUGCUGACGUCAUGUGUUUACUUCUUCUCGAACCGCUGUCGACGCUGCUGCAUUCCGCUCCAAAUGGCGACCGAUAUCGAGAGGCUGGUGUCUUUUGAGGAGGCGUACUACGACCAGUACGACUACUACAACCUGCGGGAGUACUCGUGCCGCGGGGGCAAAGGCCGGAGCAAGAGGGAGAUGGAGCUGCACACCAACCGACACUGCCCUGCGGGACACGAGCGGAAGAUCGCGGAGAAGUUCCACAACAGUGAGAUGAAGCGCAGGAGGACCAAGAGCUCCUCAUCGUGACCCUCGGCUGGACCCUGACAGAUCCGGACAGAUCCAGGUUGGAUUCCAGAUGUUGACCAAGCCAUGUGUCUCUGCCUUUCCCGACCCAGUGAUGUGAGUGCUGUGACGCCGGGAAUCUGCCCAGAAACCAGUCAGGAGCCGGGCCUGGGUCCAGAACUGUACCCUGUAACCAGACCCGAGCCUCUCCUGUUACAGCCGCACAGGAAUAGUCUGUGUGGAGCUAUGUAGGUCAGAGCUGAGUGAAUGAUAGACGUGUAGAAUACAAGACCUUCUGUGUUUGAAAUCAAUAAAAAUGGAUGUUGACCAAACCG